AUCUUUGUUCCAGAAAGCAAACCCUGCUUAAGAAACAACACAGUGCUCAUGCUCUUCAAAAUUCGGAGUUGGCUACAUCAGCCAAAGGUAUGGAGAUUUGUGUGUUUUGCUUCAUCUAUUGUUGGACUUCUCUGUAAUGCUUUCAGCUCCUCUUUCUAUCUUUUACUUGGAAAUUGGAACUGGUGGAAGAUCUUUCUUUAUAUUGUUUUCAGUUUCUUAAUCUCCCUGUCCACCUUGUUUGCAAAGACAUGGGAGUACUCCAAUCCUCGCUGUUUGGAAGCUCACACAGCAUUUUCUAUUCUGGUGAUCACUUCUGUAUACUCCUUUUUCCUUGAUAAAGAUGUGAAACAGAAAGCAGAUGCAUAUAGUCUGCUUUCGUGGGUUGCAUUUGCUAUCAUGUCUUUAGGCUUGUCAAGGCUGAGUCAAGUAGGAUUUGGGAUUGAUCUUCUGUAUUUUUUCAGUGGACUUCUCACUGUACAACUCAUGAAAAUAAAAGUAUGGUUAGUCAUUGUUGGAGGAGCUUUCAGUUAUUUCCUCAUACUUCUCCGUCCCAAUUUGGAUUCUGAACCAAGAAGUGUAUAUCAUGGACUUCAAUACCAAGAUCACGUAGUGGUUGAAAUUGGUUCGCAUUCACAAUCACAAGGAACCAGUCAUAGCGUUACUCAAGUGGAUUCACCCCAAACAAUUAUGGCUACUUCACAACCACACCCAGUCAUUGAUAUGGUUUGGCCUUCAAGAGGAACAACACAUGGUGCUGGUGGUCCCCCUCCAGAAAACAUUGAUGGUACCAAGGAAUGCUUCAUGAGUUGUAUAGAGGCUCUUAAAGAGGAGAAUGCGAGCGUUAUCAGCACAAUUUCCAUGCAUGUAGACAAAUACCUUAAAGCUCAUCUUCUCAGUGAGGACAAUAUUUCAGUGGCGCUGCCGGUGACCGACUUCGACAUCGUCAUCAACGCACUGCCGUCGGGGACGAUCAACGACCUCCACGAAAUCGUGAAGCGAAUGGUAGCUGGCGGGUUUGGUAAGGAGUGCUCGCACGUGUACAGCAGUUGCCGGAGGGAGUUCCUGGAGGAGAGCGUGUCGAGGUUAGGGUUACAGAAGCUCUGCAUCGAAGACGUUCACAAGAUGACGUGGCAGGAUCUUGGAGAUGAAAUUGAGGAAUGGAUUAAAGCCUCCAACAUCGCUCUCAAGAUCCUCUUCCCCAGCGAGCGGCGUCUCUGUGACCGAGUCUUCUUCGGAUUUGCGUCCGCCGCGGAUUUUUCGUUUAUGGAGGUUUGUCGCGGAUACGCGAUUCAGUUGCUGGAUUUCGCCGACGCCAUCGCGAUCGGGAGCCGGAAGCCGGAACAGCUGUUCAGAAUCCUCGACAUGUUCGAGACGCUGUGUGUCCUAAUUCCCGAAUUUGAGGCUCUGUUUUCUGAUCAGUUCAGCGUCUCGCUCAGGAACAAAGUGAUUACUAUUAGGAGGAGGCUGGGGGAAUCAAUUAGGGGCAUUUUUAUGGAGCUGGAGAAUUCAAUUCGCCGGAAUCGGGCGAAGACGGCAGUUCCUGGUGGCGGUGUUCACCCUAUUACUCGCUACGUGAUGAACUACCUCCUUACGGCGUGCAGGUCACGGCAGAGCUUGGAUCAGGUUUUGUCUUCUUCUCUAUCAGUGCAAAUGAAUUGGAUUGUUGAGCUGCUAGAGAGCAAUUUGGAAGCGCAGUCGAAGAUUUACAAGGACCCUGCUUUGUGCUACCUUUUCUUGAUGAAUAAUGGGAAGUAUAUUGUUGAAAAGGUCAAAGAUAGUGAACUAGGAACCCUCUUGGGAGACUAUUGGAUCAGAAAACGUGCUGCAAAAGUUCAACAAAUCCAUGUGCACUAUCAAAGAAGCUCGUGGAGUUGGGUAAUAGGGAUUCUGAAGCUGGAUAGUACUGUCUCACUGCCCCCUAAUGCCUUAGCAAAGUCAAUGAAGGAGAAACUCAAGUCGUUUAACACGAUGUUUGAUGAUAUUUGCAAGGAACAAUCUUCCUGGUUUGUUUUUGAUGAACAGCUCAGGGAAGAAAUAAGAGUUUCUCUUGAGAAAAUUUUGUUGCCUGCAUAUGAAAACUUCAUAGUAAGUUUUGAGAAUGCUCCAGAGAUUGGUAAGCAUGGUAAGCAUAUCAAAUAUGGAACAGCGGACAUUCAAGUCAAACUUAACAAAUUGUUUACGGAAUCAAGCGUUAACCGAAAGUUGUUGGAAGGAAUUGGAAACUUGAGCAAUACAGAAUAUUCUUAAAUUUAUUAUCUAAAAUUUUAGGACGAAAAUAGUGUCAAUGUUUUAAUCUUUAUGUGAAAUGUUCUGAUAACAAUUUUUUUUUUAAAGUCGCAUCAAAUGUUGAUGUUGGUGUGUACUGCUUGAAGUUAUAGGUGUGUAUUCACUGAAUCAAGCUAUUUUUUGUACGUUUAAUCUUUUACGUACGAAAAAUUUCCUUGUUUUCUUGUUGUAGACUCGCCGGUUCUAAUCCACUGGUCUAUAAGGUUAUUUUU